AUACAAAUCGGUACACGCUACAGUCUACCACGGCGACUAUUCGGCAUCGGCCGGUGACAAAGCAUAUGUAAUGCUUCUAGUGUGACGUAACUAUAAAUACAUGUGCCUAAUAAUGCCUAUUCCCAAAACGCUAGAAGCGACGUCUAUUUUAACAGAUAAGCAAGUUUGGAGCGCGUUCCGAUGACCUCAUCCAUAUUUGUCCGCAUAGACGCCGGUUGCAAGUCGCCAGCACGAGGCUAACUAGUUGUUCGAAGCGUUGUUCGAAUGCAACGCAACUCACUCUUUGUCACUCUCUGACUGACGACCUCGAACUUUGAGACAGUUUAUACACGAUAAUGAAGUAAACAACACGACGUUCUCAGUUACGGCAAAUUUUAAACAAUUACCGUGAGAGACAAAGUAGAUUACCAAAAAAAAGAGAAAAGGAUAGAAUAAGAUAGGAAAAAGGAGUGCUGUUGUGUUCCAAGAAAUUGUAUCUCGGGAUAGGUACUGAGAGAGAAAAGGAAGUAGAUCCUACGACUGCUCCAAGAUCGACUCCUCACCGUGAUUUAACCACUCUGUUGUUCAUUCAUUCGUUCAUUCAUUCGUUCGCGUUGCUCUUUAACCUCCCUUAGCACGUGCGUCCUCGAUCACGAUGUCACACGUACGAAUAUUGAUGCUUCCAAUCUUGGCUGCGGUAGGAACAAUAAUCGUUAUAGGAGUUGUCAUAAAGCUGUAUAAAUCCUGGUCGAAUGAGAAGAAGAAGUCUGCUCCAAUACUACUCGUGGACUCAGUAGUUAAAUAUAGCCUGCCUCUCAUUCAAAAAGACAUAAUAAGUCAUGAUACAAGAAGAUUCAGAUUUGGAUUACCAACGCCAAAUCAUAUUCUUGGUCUGCCCAUUGGUCAACAUGUACAUUUAACAGCAAAAGUUGAAGGAGAAGUUGUGAUACGAGCAUACACACCUGUUUCAAGUGACGACGAUCAAGGCUAUGUAGAUCUUGUCAUCAAGGUAUACUUCAAAAAUGUACAUCCAAAAUUCCCUGAGGGUGGAAAAUUGUCUCAAUAUUUAGAAAACAUGAAGAUAGGAGAUACCAUUGAUUUUAGAGGACCAUCUGGCAGACUGAUUUACAAAGGAAAUGGCACAAUUUCCAUAAAACUUCUUAGAAAAGAGCCGCCUGUAGAAUAUAAUGUCAAGAAGAUCGUCAUGCUCGCUGGUGGUACGGGUAUCACUCCAAUGCUACAGCUGAUCCGCGCGAUAAUAAAGGACCCCACGGAUGAGACACAAACGUCUUUAUUAUUCGCCAAUCAGACUGAGAAGGACAUUUUGCUGCGAGAUGAACUGGACGGCAUUGCCAAAGAAUAUCCAGACAAAUUGAAACUUUGGUACACAAUAGACACGAGCAAUGACGGAUGGCCUUACAGUACUGGGUUCAUUAAAGCUGAUACGAUAAAGGAUCACAUGUUUCCACCAUCUCCUGAUACUAUUGUGUUGAUGUGCGGGCCAGCUCCGAUGAUCAAUUUCGCUUGUACGCCGAAUCUCGAUAAACUCGGCUACGAUUCAAAAUUACGAUUCGUGUACUAGUUGAUUUGCCGCUAAAAACCAUAAAUAGUGAAUCUGGCUGAAACUUGCAACGUCUUUAGUAUUUCGACAAAGAACUAUGAGCUUUUAUGGUUUGGCUGUGAGUAUAUUAUUUUGCACUUGGCGAAAUAUCUAAUAACGCAAAAUGGUGCCAAUUUAAGAGUUGUUUGCUACAAAUUUUCCGUGAAAACGCGUAAAAUAGGUUCAACAGUAUUGACGAUUAUUACGCAAGAAUAAUUAACUUACGUAAUAAUUAAUCAACGUAGUUAUGUUACACAUGAAAAUUUAUGCACAUUAAUGUUGACAUACAAGAGAAACAGACACUAGAAAUA